AUCCCCUAUCUCCCACCUCUUCACAUGUGCCCCUUCGAACCGCCAUUAACAAAGACCCAAUCUCUACAUAUUGUGCCUCUCGGACCUCAUCAUCAUCGUUUGUGUCUAUUCCUCUGUUUGUUCAUCAAUUCCCUGAUUGCUUACCCACUAUUCGAUCUUCAUUUUGAUCUGAAACCUCAGGGUACUGGAGAUUCUAUGCACAUAUAUUGAUACUGUGUGGGUGCUGUUUUCAUCAUUGAAGGACUGAUAUUGCAAUUUCUACUUGAAGUUCUGUUUUCCCCCUGUUGUUAUAUAUGGGCUGAAGUAUAUAUUUAUGGGACGUGCAGAGGAUGAUGAACCGCCACCAAAGCGUGUGAAGGUAUCCUCCAGAAAGGGAGAUCUUCCAAAGAGUACACUUCUGACUGAUCCUGCAAGUUGCUCACUGAAUGACUUGAUGUCUCACCCCCUGGUUCGUCAAGGGGACGAUGAGGUCGUUGGUGCAAAAGGGGUUGUUAAGAAAGUUGAAUUUGUGCGAAUCGUAGCAGAGGCAUUAUAUUCUCUUGGUUAUAACAAAGCUGGUGCACGUCUAGAAGAAGAGUCUGGGAUUCCUUUGCAAUCUGCUGAAGUAAAGUUAUUUAUGCAGCAAAUCCUUGAUGGUAAAUGGGAUGAAAGUGUUGCCACUUUACGUAAAAUUGGUCUAAUAGAUGAAAAAAUUGUUAAAUUGGCAUCAUUUGAGAUAUUGGAACAGAAGUUUUUUGAACUGUUGGAUGGAAAAAAUGUCAUGGAUGCUUUAAAGACAUUGAGGACUGAGCUUGGACCUCUUUGCGUAAACAAUGAUAGAGUCCGUGAGCUUUCUUUGUGCAUUGUAUCACCUUUAAAGCAGGUUCUUGCUGGGAUGUCAGGUCAAGAUGUUGUGCGACCAAAGUCACGAACAAAACUCCUAGAGGAAUUGCAGAAAUUGCUUCCACCCACGGUCAUAAUUCGUGAACAAAGAUUGGUACAUCUCGUCGAACAGGCUCUUGACUUGCAACUAGAUGCUUGUAGGUUUCACAACUCGUUGGUAGGUGAGAUGUCUUUGCUUACUGAUCAUCAGUGCGGAAGAGAUCAAAUUCCAUCUCAAACUUUGCAGAUAUUACAAGAUCACAGUGAUGAAGUAUGGUUCUUACAGUUCUCCCACGGUGGAAAAUACUUGGCCUCGUCAGCUGCUGAUUGUUUGGUGAUCAUAUGGGAGGUGAAAUUGGAUGGUUUGUUCUGUGUGAAGCACCGGUUUUCUGGACACCAGAAACCUGUCUCCAAUAUUUCAUGGAGUCCUGAUGACCAUCAACUCCUCACUUGUGGGGUAGAGGAAGUUGUCAGACGAUGGGAUGUUGAAUCAGGUGAAUGUAUACAUAUUUAUGAGAAAAAUGGUCUUGGUUUGAUCUCGUGUGGAUGGGCUCCUGAUGGGAACAGGAUAUUAUGCGGUGUUACAGACAAAAGCAUUAGCAUGUGGGAUCUGGAAGGGAAAGAGUUGGAGUGUUGGAAAGGCCAUCGGACUAUUAGAAUAUCAGAUUUGGGGAUAACUAGUGACGGGAAGCAUGUAGUCUCUGUUUGUAAAGAUAAUAUGAUACUAUUAUUUGGAUGGGAAUCAAAAGCAGAGAAAGUUAUUCAGGAGGAUCAAACAGUAACAUCAUUUGUACUGUCCACUGACAAUAAGUAUUUAUUGGUUAGCCUUUGGAAUCAAGAAAUUCAUCUGUGGGAUAUAGAGGGAACUGCAAAACUCAUAUCCAAAUAUAAUGGGCAUAAACGUUCACGCUUCGUCAUAAGAUCUUGCUUUGGCGGACUGAAUCAAGCAUUUAUUUCUAGUGGAAGUGAGGACUCACAGGUUUAUAUAUGGCACAUAAGCUCAGGAGAACUUGUUGAGACGUUGGCGGGACAUUCUGGAACAGUAAACUGUGUUAGCUGGAAUCCAGCAGAUCCUCAUAUGUUGGCUUCUGCUAGUGAUGAUCAUACAAUUCGCAUAUGGGGUUUGAAUCAAGUAAAAAUGGAACACAAUGACACAGUUAGUAAUGGUGUACACUACUGCAAUGGGGGAACUUAGAAGUGUUUCCGUCGGAGAAUUAGUUAGAUGCUUUACUGGUUACUUCAUUGGAUGUGUUGAUCUGCAUUCUAGAUAAGUUGCUAUUCAACUAUGUGAGCAGCUUAGACUUUAUACAGGUUACAUGACAUGAUGAGGGCAGUUUGCUUUAAUAUUAGCUGUUUUAGUUUAUCCAUAUUUGUGGUCAAUAUGGUGUUCUUUAAGUGAACAAAUUCACAAAAUGGAGAUACAAUUGGAUCUAUCAACUGUUAUGUUUUAGCCUGUCUGCUGUUCUUCACCCACCCUUUACAACACGUAUUUGGUUUUA